UUAGAUACAGACUCAAUAAGAGAGUGCACUGUGACCGGCUUGCUCACUCUGAUGUCGACCACAAUGUGUGCGGUGCAUAUUGCUCUGUUUGUGGUGCUGGUAACCGUAACUACCAUCAAUGGUGACCAUUACCACCCCGAGAAAUAUACGCGCCACUCAGAGCAACUUCAGCGAAACCCCGACGCUUUCAACACUGCUGAGCGAUCUGCAGAGUUUUGGAGAAAUAGCGCAAAAGAGGGCAUUGAAAACCGCCUCCGUGCUGUAAAGAACGAUAAACUCGCUCGCAAUGUGAUCAUGUUCCUAGGUGAUGGUAUGUCCAUACCAACACUGAUGGCUGCUCGAACCCUAAAAGGGCAGCGACAAAACCGCACCGGGGAAGAAACUGAACUGUUUUUUGAGACGUUCCCUACAGUCGGCCUUUCCAAGACUUACUGUUUGGACAAACAAAUUCCCGAUUCAUCGUGCACAGCCACCGCAUAUCUAGCUGGCAUAAAAAACAACUACGGAACCGUCGGCGUUGAUGGAAGGGUUCAACGUCGUGACUGCUUGGCUUCAGCAGACAAAUCUACACAUUUAGACUCUAUCGCUGCUUGGGCUCUCGAUGAUGGUCGUGAUGCAGGUAUUGUGACUACUACAAGAGUUACUCACGCUUCGCCAUCGGGAACUUACGCCAGGUCAGCAAACAGAGAUUGGGAAAGUGAUGCUAAUGUAACUCAAGCGGGAUUCACUACAGAUGUUUGCCCAGAUAUCGCCAUGCAACUCAUAACUACGUCACCAGGCAACAACUUCAAGGUGAUUUUAGGAGGUGGUCGACGUGAAUUUAUACCAAAUACCUUUAUCGAUGAAGAAGGUACAGCAGGAAAUAGACUAGAUGGACGUAAUCUCAUAGAUGAGUGGAAAACUGAUAAAGAGUCACGAGGCGCUACUAACCAGUACGUUUGGAACCGCUCACAACUGAUGAGUCUAAGAAACUCACCACCAGAGUACCUGCUGGGGUUGUUUGAAUCUGGUCAUAUGCAGUAUAAUCUAAUGGCGGAUAAGGCAACAGAACCAACUCUCGCUGAGUUAACAGAAGUCGCUAUUAAUUCGUUGAGUCGUAACGAAAAAGGUUACUUUUUGUUUGUUGAAGGUGGUCGUAUUGAUCACGGUCACCACGAAAACUGGGCGCGACUGGCCUUGGACGAAACGCUAGAGUUCGACUUAGCAAUAGAGAAGGCAGUGGAAAUGGUAGGAGAUGAUACUCUGAUAGUGGUGACUGCUGAUCACGCGCACGUGAUGGCUGUCAACGGGUACACAAAGCGUGGCGGUGACAUCCUUGGGCCGUCUGAUGAUCUGGGAGACGAUGGCAUUCCUUACAUGACUCUCUCCUACACCAACGGACCGGGAGCUCGCGAGCACGUCAACGGAGCGCGAGUUGAUGUGACGAAAGAAAAUUUCACGGUUGCGGACUGGCGCACUCACGCUGAAGUGAUUUUGGAUUCGGAGACUCACGGCGGCGACGACGUGGCGGUCCUGGCGUGGGGGCCUCACCACCACCUGUUCACUGGCGUGUAUGAGCAGAGCCACAUCCCCUUCAGGAUGGCGUACGCGGCUUGUAUCGGGCCCGGACUCCACGCCGACGCUUGCAGCAGCGCGUCGCUGCUGCACCCGCUCUCUCUAUUCUACGCUGUCACCCUCUCAAUACUACACCGCGUAUUCCAACGAUAAAAUUCCUGUGUGCUACGUAAUUUUUAUAAUCCUUAAUUGAUUAUAACAAGGUGAUAUUUAUUGCCGAAACCGUUAUUCAAGAUAAUAGGAAUCCUGUAAUUUAUAGAACUAAUGACGCUUGAGUAAAUAGAUAAUUAUAAAAAAUGCCCAAGUAGGUAUUUGGUAUAAUCCUCAAUACUUUAUUAAGUGUGCUGAUAAAGUGUGAUAUUAUGAAGAAUUUAUUAUUAAUAAUAAUAUUACCUAUAGUUGCCGUGCAACAAGAUAAUAAAUUAAUACAACAUUA